AUGACGACGGAAAACAGCGCCGCAUUUCACGAAUUCCUCACGUCGGACUUCGUCUCCCUCCAGGCUCUCAACUCCACGCGAGUGUUCAAGGUCCACAAAGCACUUCUUGACGCCAAAUGCAAAGCUGUUGCUUCGGCAUUCAACGGUAAUUUUACUGAGCGGCAGUAUGGAGUGUAUACUUUUUCUGAUACCUCGGAGGAGACCCUGGCGCGAUUCCUCGAAUGGGCCUAUGGGGGAGACUAUACCCAGCCCGCGGUAAAGCGUAAAGACACGACAUCUGAAAAAGUCAACAAAGGACCUGCUGGUGAUCAGCUAGAGAGCCUUGACCAUCCACUGGUGGCUCAUAUGGCAUUGUAUAUCUUCAGCGAAGUUUAUAUUGUCCCGAACCUGAAAGAACUUGCCUUUACCAAGAUCAAGGAGGCCAUUGAGCUCAUAGAGAGGCCAGAGACUGCGGACGAUUGCCUUGGUGUCAUCUCUCUUUUGAAGCUUGCAUAUACGAAGAUACCUGCAAACACGUCCUCGGCAGAACUUCAAGAGUGGUUGGCGCUUUAUGCCGCAUUCGGUUUGGAGGAGCUCCGCGAUCAGCCUUCGUUCAAUGACGUCCUCAGACUUAGUCCAGAUCUGGCUUCGAAAAUACUGAGUUACUUGAACCCAACCGAUUCUCCUCCUUGGUCAGGUGGGCGGUGUAAGCCUUGGGGAUAUAGAAGUUGGCAAUGA